CUCAGGUUUUACGGCAGACGAUUGGCGCCAAAAAUGUAAAUAGUAAAUGGACGCUGACCUGACUGAUCCGCCAGUGCCUGUCUGAGGACCACAGGACUUGUCGGCUGUGCUCCUGUGAGCCCUGGCAUGAUGGCCUCAGUGUUCAGAACCGCGCAGAAAGCCGGUGAAGAAGCAGCUUCAGGUGGAAUGAACUCUGACCUGUGUGGCAGUGUGGGAUACCAGCUCUCACAGAGACCAAAGAAAGACCUCACUCCACAGACUCUGACCAACCAUGAGCGGCGGAGUGAAUAUCAAAGUCAUAUCUCAGAGCCAGAGUGACGCAGGUGUCAGCUCGAGUCUGCCCUUACCUCGGAGCAUGAUGCCCCUCUCCAAAAUGGACCCCAAACAACAAUACGGUGGCCUCUCCAACCCCGCGGUGCAGUACCAGCAUGCCGCCAAAAGACGACCCUCCUACUCUUCAUCCUCUGUUUCCUCGGCUCCUUCAGAGCUGCUGAGAGGUGCAGCUUUGAAGAACCACCUGCUGCAGCAGAAAGCCGCCGUGCACUCCCACAGAAGCCCCGCGGCUACGGAGCGAACCGAUGGCACGUGCUCGGCGUACAGCAGCCCUCAGAUACCAAAGAGAGAAGUCCCGCGCUCCAAAGACACGCUGGACCUCCGCACCAGCACGCUGACCCACAAGGCUUUGCGAGACCUCCAGCUGAGAAGAACCACCAACAAGAACUGGACCUUCGGAAAAUACCGUCUGAGCAACGUGGACAACGCGGCUGAGGAGGACGCCUUGUGCCGACUCUCUGUCAACGCCCAGUUAGGCCACGGGAGAGGACGUCUCAUGUACACUAAAGGUGCUAAUGGGAAUGUGAUAUCAGGCCUGUCCUCAGCUGGAAUGGGCAACAACCAAAGAGAGGUGAGGAACUUCUCCAACCUUCAAGAGGUGUCCAGUAACAAACCAAAGUCUUCCCAUCCACCAUUCAAAAUGCAGCGCAGAGGGAGUGAGCCGGGAAGAGUCAACAUGGCCGCUGUGGCUCCCUUCAGGUUCAGGUUUCAGAUCCACGAGGACCAAGAUGUCUCCUUCGACGAUCUUAGCGACUGCUCCUCCGACUCCAUGGAGGUCUGCUGUGAUGAUUUUGACCCUGAGUCCCAGAGGAAGAGAACCGUGCAGAAUGUCCUUGACCUCCGCCAGAAUUUGGAGGAUACGAUGGUGAGCCUGCGGGGCUCGCAGCUUAGCCAUAGCUGUAUGGACAGCACUAACGUGGGCUACGACAGUGAUGAAACCAACGCUCGCAGUAUCUCCAGCAUGUCCAACCGCUCAUCACCUCUCUCCUGGCGCCACGGCCAGUCCAGCCCUCGACUUCAAGCGGGCGAUGCCCCAUCCUCCACAGGUGGAGGAUACCAGGGAGCUAAGACGGGCUCGCAGUACACGGCCCACACCAUGCCAGCACGCUGCUCCAGCCGCCUCAGCAGCACGUCACGCAUUGAGCUGAUCGAAGGGUUGGACGCCGAUGACACCGACCUCAAGUCUGGUUUCCUGAGUGACACCGACCUUCUAGGAAAGAGCCUGCCGGACGACGACGAUGACAACCUGGCCAACGGUUGGGACGAGAGCAGCUCCAUCAGCAGCGGGCUCAGCGACGGUGAUGGCGAAGGCUCGGAGAACCUCAGUUCAGAGGAGUUCAACGCCAGCUCCUCCCUCAACUCCCUCCCGAGCACACCCCUGGGAUCCAGACGCAACUCUUCUGCUAUGCUCCGCACCGAUGCAGAGAAGCGCUCCCUGGUGGAGAGCGGACUGUCUUGGUACAGCGAAGAUGGCAAAGCCAGCCACAAACUCAGUAGUAGCAGUUAUGACACGGGGAGUCUCAAGACGGAGGCCCCCAGCAAGUGGAGAAAGAAGCCUCCUAGUCUCAGCGAAGAGCCAGGCAGUAAAGGAGAGCUGAAGAAGCCUCAAAGUUUGGGUCAGCCAGGAAGCUUCAAGAAGGGUCGUAACCCUCCUGUAGGCGUGACGUCCCCCAUCACCCAUACCUCUCAGAGCACGUUGAAAGUUGCGGCACCUAAAUGUGAGAGGCCACUGGAUAAAUCCAAGAUAUCUCUUAAAACUGCUGGUCUACAGCGGUCUCGUUCAGACGCCGGCAGGGAUCAUCAUGGAGAGCACCGCAAGCCCCCUUCAGGUCUGGUUAAACCCACGGCUGGAGCCUCAUUCGGCUACAAGAGGCCACCGACAGCCACCGGUACCGCCACUGUCAUGACAGCAGGGGGAGCCACCAUCUCCAGUGGCUCUGCUACUGUGGGGAAAACCCCCAAGUCAUCUGGCAUCCCAGUGAAGCCUGUGGGAGGAGGACUACCCUCGGGUCGAAAAAACAGUUUCGAUGCCAGCAGCGAGCAGAGCUUCCUGGGGCCAAACGCCCGAAACAGCAUCCAGUACCGCAGCCUGCCUCGACCGGCCAAAUCAAGCACGCUUAGUGUGAUUGGUCGCCCGGCAACCCGGCCAGUCAGCGGUACCAUUGACCCCGGUCUGUUGAGUUUGAAACCUGUGCCAAUGGCCUCCACAGGCCCCAGAGUUAAAGAGCCCAGUAGCUGCAGCAGUAAAAUGUCUAAUCGAAGCACAGGUCCAGUGAACCAGACCGACCGAGAGAAAGAGAAGGAGAGAGCCAAGGCCAAGGCUGUGGGUGCUGACAUAGACUGUGGUUCUCUGAAAGGAGAGGAGGCUCAGUCCACUGGAGAGUCUGCUGUCAAGCUGCACGGCCUGAGACGAACCAGCAGCAGCAAAUACCCCGAACUGUCAUCACCCACCACACCCAGGAUGCUGAACACCAAGUCUCUGGGUCGUCCGCCCAGCUUGGCUCAUCUGGACAAAGUCAACUCCAACAGUCUCGACUCCUGCGUGACGCUCCAGGACCUCCCGCCCAAAGUCCCCCCAUACUCCAAGCUGCAGGACUUGGCUGGUUCCCACACAUCCUCCCGUCUCACCCCCAGCCCUGCACCUGUGCUCCACAUCGAUUCCCCUGGCUCCUACACCAGUGACAGCCUGAGUGUGAGCGGGUCACCGCUGCUCUACCCCAAGCUGUCCAUGCACCGCAGCAUGGAGUCCCUUCCCCUGCAGAUGAGCGUGCCUUCCAACUCCAGAUUUGUUAGAACUGAGAUAUACAACAAGGAAGAGAGGGGUGCCGGAACCUGGGGAUCUGCAAACAGAACCUCCCUCAACCUUGGGGAAACCUUACAAACAGACAGAAGUACUUUGCCGAAGAAAGGCUUAGAACGCUAUGGCUCAAGCCUGUCAGAUAGUGACGGAAGCAAACCGGGCAGGCGCCACUCCCACACCACGGUCAGCAUGACAGAGAGCGAUAGCCCCCCUCAGCUGCCCUCUCCUACCCGCCCUCUCCACCCCUCCUCCGGCAAGGCUCCUCUCACCAACGUGGUUGCCCCAAUUUCUACCACCCCGAGGAUAUCGCGCUCCAACAGCAUCGGCCCCCCCAGUGAGUCCGCCUGCGAUCUCUAUGGAUCCUCCCCCCUGGGCAGCAGUAUGUCCCUGGCUGACCGGCCAAAAAGCAUGAUGCGGUGCGGGUCUUUCCGCGAACAGGGGGAUGAUGUUCAUGGCUCCGUACUGUCUUUGGCAUCCAAUGCUUCAUCCAACUAUUCCGCGAAUGAGGACAGGAUACAAGGAGAGCAAAUCCGCAAGUUGAGGCGAGAGCUGGAGUCCUCCCAGGAGAAGGUGGCCGACUUGACCAUGCAGCUUACUGCCAACCAGCAAGGCCAGGCUAAUCUGGUGGCAGCGUUUGAGCAGAGUCUGGCGCUGAUGACGGCGCGCCUGCAGACCCUGUCGGUCUCCUCGGACCAAAAGGAGUCUGAGCUCACUGAGCUGAAGGAUACCAUUGAGAUUCUGAAGGUCAAAAAUACAGAGGCCCAAGAAAUCAUUCAGGGGGCUCUCAGUAAUCCAGAAAUGACACCUAAAGAACUGCAGAUCAAUCGUCAGAACUCCUCAGAGAGCAUCUCCAGCCUCACCAGCACCACCAGCCACUCCAGUAUGGGUAGUCUUAAAGAGCAGGAGGCCAAGAAGAAGAAGAAGAAAAGCUGGGUCUUUGAGUUACGCAGCUCCUUCAACAAGGCCUUUAGUAAGAAGGGCUCCAAGUCAGGGCUGUACUCUGACAUAGAGGAAAUCGCCACCCCUGAAUCCUCUGCACCUUCCUCCCCAAAAGUCCACCAUGUUGGAGACAACACUGCAUCGUCAAUUAAAUCCUCCACCUCUGCAUCAUCAUCAGGACUCUGUGAAGGCGGCGAUGUGCAGGAUGAUAAGGUCGUGACAGAGCUGCGAUCGGAGCUGUGGGAGAAGGAGCGCAAACUGACUGACAUCCGCCUGGAGGCACUGAGCUCCGCCCACCGCCUGGAGCAGCUGCAGGAGGCCAUGACCAGCAUGCAGAGGACAGUGGAGAAUCUGAAGACUGAGAACGACCAGCUGAAGACGGGCGGUCUGUCCCCCUGUCCAUCUCCCGGACCCUCAAGCUCCCCCUCCCAGUCCUCAGGCCUCACUGCUCUGGGAAGUUCAUCACCUCGACAGUCGGUAGCCAUGCACAUGCCCAAGAGCUACAGCAGAGGGCUGAGUGAGGGGAGCACCUCAGCAGACGCGUACUCUGCAGAUACUCUCACUCUGUCCUCACAAAGAGACGAUCACCGUGUCCGGGUGGUGGUGUGUGUUGCAGAUUUACACGUCUUCAAAGAUGAGGUCAAACAGCAGGAUUUCUUUGUCGGCACCGUCAGGGUGAACGGCAGGAUGGACUGGCCCAUGCUAGAUUCAGCUGUCAGCCAGGCUUUCAAGGUGUACAUAGCCAAGGUGGACCCCACCUCCAGUCUGGGCCUGUCUACAGACUCCAUCUACAGUUACAGUAUGGGCCACAUUAAGAGAGUGCUGGGUGGAGAAGCUCCAGAGACGCAGCCAUCUCGCUGCAUGUCCCGAGGCCCCACUGGCAUCACCGUGGCUCUGAAAGGUUUGAAGGAGAAGUGUGUGGACAGCCUGGUAUUCGAAACACUCAUUCCCAAACCCAUGAUGCAACACUACAUCAGUCUGCUACUCAAACACCGCCGUCUCGUCCUGUCGGGCCCCAGCGGAACGGGUAAGAGCUACCUCACCUCCCGGCUGGCCGAGUACCUGGUGGACCGCAGCGCCCGCGAAGUCACAGACGGCAUCGUGGUCACUUUCAACAUGCACCGGCAGUCAUGCAAGGAUCUGCAGCUUUAUCUCUCCAACCUGGCCAAUCAAAUCGAUCGGGAAAGCAACACAUCAGACGUACCGCUGGUUGUUAUUCUGGAUGAUAUUCACGACCCUGGCUCCAUCAGCGAGCUUGUCAAUGGCGCUCUCACUUGCAAAUAUCACAAAUGCCCUUACAUCAUCGGAACGAGCAAUCAGCCGGUGAAGAUGAUAGCGAACCACGGCCUCCAUCUCAGCUUCAGGAUGGUGACCUUCUCCAACAAUGUGGAGCCAGCCAACGGCUUCCUGGUGCGCUACCUGCACAGGAAGAUGAUGGAGUCAGAGGAUGAGAAAAAUUUGACCAACGAGGACCUGAUCAGGGUGUUGGACUGGGUGCCCAAACUGUGGUAUCAUCUGCACGCCUUCCUGGAGAAGCACAGCACUUCGGAUUUCCUCAUUGGCCCCUGCUUCUUCUUAUCCUGUCCCGUCACAGUGGACGAGUUUCGAUCCUGGUUCAUCGACCUUUGGAAUCACUCUAUUAUCCCUUACCUGCAAGAGGGGGCCAAGGACGGCAUCAAGGUCCACGGCCAGAAGGCAGUAUGGGAGGACCCGGUGGAGUGGGUGAGGGGCACGCUGCCUUGGCCGUCUGCCCAGCAGGACCAGGCGAAGCUGUUCCACCUGCCUCCGCCCAGCAUCGGCUCCAGCAGCCCGGGUCAGUCCCUCGAGGAGAGGCCUCACAAGGAGACCCCUCCCAGCUCCAUGGAAUCUGAUCCUCUGAUGGCGAUGCUUUUGAAACUCCAGGAGGCUGCCAAUUACAUUGAAUCCCCAGACAAAGAAGAUCCUACCCUGCCUAAACUUUGAAGACAAAGUUUUGCACCUGACACUUAGCACUUCAGUUUUGUUUGUUUUUUUUUUUGUGUCCACUGUGAUGAUGCAGUGCACGUUCAGGAACAAACUGACCCUCCGAAAUGGUUGUAGGGUGAUUUAACCCGUCAUUCCCGCAGUAGGUUGAAAGUGUUACUGGGUAUUUAUUACAAAUCAUUUUAAUACGCACAGUAUUUUCAAAAAAGACUGUUGACAAGUAUUAAAUGAAAAAUCUCUAUUCUCUGACUUCACUAUAUGUUUUGACUGGAAACACUCACUUCAGUUCAGCCUCGUUAGCCCUCAGUACUUGUAGAUUGGUGCUAAUAGAUCCCUAUGAAACUCAUCGUCUCAGCACUUAGACUUCAGGUGAUAACUGCAGCAGCACAUGCAGGCCACCCUGUUCUGUGCCCAGGUGCAUCAUGGGAUACAGAGAGCUAUUCUCAAUUAUGGUGACUAUUUUUUUGUUUUUUUUUUCCUGGAAAAGAGUAUGACAGCAUAACAGAUGCUACUGUUUAUCACAGAGUUCUUCAGUACAUAUCUACUGUAUAAGUCUUUGAAGGCCAGAUCUUAUACAUAUGCAAUCCUGAACUUUACACAAUCCCGAGCAGGUGAAACAAAUCAAAUGCCUUAAAGGACAAAGACGUCAAUGUCACUUCAACUUCAGCAGAUUAUACUGGUGCUUUCAUCCACGUCACCCCUGCCGAAAUGGUCAGAGAUAAAGAUAUUAUGUUCCAACUCUCUACAUAUUCUUUUCAGUUAAUCACUUUUUUUUUUAUUGCAGGAUAACACGUUCUCACAUAUUUAUAUUCUUUAUCGUUUUAAUGGCUUUUAAGUUGGACGUUUUAAAGUUGCUGUCAUACUCUUUUGCAUAAAUCUAAACUUAUUUAUUAUAGGUGAUGUGAUGUUCAUCACUUUGUUGCUGCACACUUCCGUAUGUUCCAAAUCACUUAAUUUAGUUGUACAAGCUGCUUUUAUAUAAAACAAGCAGUCGCCAGUGUUGCCAUAUAUAUCAGGUAUUAGAUACACAGGGAUAAUAUAACACAACAGAACACCCUCUGAUCAGAUUGAGCUAUUAAAUCCAAUUCAGUGUUGUUUUUUAUCUAAAAGAAUUCUUUAUUUGUUUCAAAUCUUCCCCCCCAUAUUCAGAGUAGUUAUUGUGUAUAUAUUAUGUACAUACAAUCUGGCUACAUCGCAACUUAUUUUAUCUAUAUUAGUUGGUGCAUAUAUCUAAUAUACUGAACCAAAUACUGUUCUUUAACCACGCAUAUUGACUGUCAACUUUAGGGGAUUAAGUUCAACUAUGAAUGUAUAGAGAUCACUUAUGAAAUGACCAUUUUAGCAGUAUCCAUCACCUAGUAGGUGCUUUUUAAAGGACGCCUUAUCGCAAAUCUCCACUGCAAAUCACUUCUAACGACGGCUGAGCAGAGUGACGUUAAAGCUACCUAUGCCCAUUUCAUUUGCAGCAGUUCAUGCACGUCACGAACCGAAUAUAUAUAUAUACAAAAAAAAAAAGCCUCAUUCUUAAUGUCACUCGUGCUUAUAAUCAUCAUUUAGGUGCGUAUGGUGCUCUGAAACAAUGUCCCUAAAACUGUUUUUGGUGUCGAGUAAAGAUCACGUAGACGUUCAGGGUAGGUUAGCGAAGAGUGUUGUGCCGUCAAAAUGCUAAUGAAGACACGUGCAGAUAGAUCUGGAAGAUCAUUUCUGAUAUUUUUUAGGAUUUGUUGUUGAAGAAGUGUUGAAGACAUUACAUAAAGACAGUGAAGUCGUGUGAGACAUUGUAUGGUGUGUGCGCCCAUCUUGAUGUUGUAUUAUUCAUAUUUGGGCACAUGACUCGGUGAUGAAAUGUUUAUGGAGGAAAAAAAAAAAGCAAAAAGUUUUAAACACUUUUUAUGGUACUUUGUGUAGGUCUUUUUUGUAAAAGAAGCCCAAAAUGGAGAAAAAGGACAUAAAUCCACCCGUUCAUCUCAAACUGUGUCAUCGUUCAGGUGCUCGGACGGAACAUCACAUGUACAUAAAUCCUGUAAAUGAAUGUCAGACCACUUUUAUGACAGCUUGAUAAGAAAGUUUAACAUUUUAAAAUCGUGUAUGAGCUGCUUAUUGCUUCACAAGGCUGAUAAACUCCAAGCUAAUCCGCAGCUCUGAUUGGUAAAUAGAAAAAAAAUGAAAUGAAUGAAUUGAAGACGUCAAAAAGCAAAAAAAAAAGAUGCCAAAUGGUGACAGUGGCACCGACACUGGUCACGUGCAGAUUGAGAAAUAAUUUUAGUUACUGUAAAUAUUUCAGGUAUUAGACAGUAUUACAGUGCCGACCCGCCCUGGUCCGUCUCUGCAGGUUAACAAAAAGCCAUCAGCUCGAGCUUCUCAUCUCAUCCACUGGUUGUUGUGCCUGUUGCUCUGUAGUAGCUGUGAUUUGUGUUCGCUUACUAGUGUAUCAGGACUAUGCAGCAACUUCUACUGGUGUUGGCAAUCGGCAAAUGUCUGAACGUCACAAGCAAACUCAGUGUGUUUUCAUCUGGUCCGUCCUUCUUGAGUUUCCUAAUUUGGACCAAAUUGCAUCCCGAGAUAAUUAAAAAAAAAAAAAAAAAGAGAGAGAGAAAAAAAAAAGUGGAUUGUUUUUAGCCAGUGAUGCUGAGCCUUAAAGAGGAGGAUGAUGUUGGAUUUAAGAAACAGGGUUCAUUGAUGUUUUGCAAGAAAAUAAAGAUUUGUUCAUGUGUUUUGUCCUUACGAAUGGCAACGAAAGUAUCCAAACUGGAUCGUACUUGGUCGAUUUGACGGUAAAUGAAACCAAAAAAAUGAUUAAAGAUUCAAUUAUGACUUAUUUGGUAAGAAUCAGCACUUCACUGUUUGCGUAGUUGAUUUAAAGUAGAAUUUAACCAGAUUAAGAAAUGAAUCUGAUAUCUUGGACCAAUACAGGUUGCUGAAUAGUCAUAUUUUUGCAAAGCUUGUUGUGGACUAAACUAAGAUUUGAAAAAAAAAAAAAAAAAAAUGUUAUGCGGUAUUUAAUGUCACUGACGUGCAAAAUGUUAAGGGUUUCUAAGUGUUGUAAAUGCAUGUAAACUUGCUGUGUGAUGAGAAAAAAACAAAAACAUUAAUGUAUUGUUUUAGGAAAAUCAUUCCAGAAAAUGUUUUCCUUUUUAAUACUCAAGAUAUUUGAUAUUUCUUUUUUUUUUUCCUUUUCUUUUUUUUCUAAAGAAUCCUUUGUAAAAGUUAAUUUCUCUAUUUUGUACAGGACAUCAUUGUAAAGAUUGUAAAUAGGUCAGCAUUCUGGAUGCGGCAACAAUCAUUGAGGAGAGGGAAAGAGAAGCAUCUUUGAGAGAGAGAGAGAAAGAGAGAGAAAAGUAUAUUUCUUCAGAGUUGGGUCCAAUACAUGGAUAAGGCAUGUUUUCUGAAGGCUUUCAUCCACCUAUCACUGGUUGUUGGAAUCAAUAAAAUACAUGUUAUAUUUA